GGCGUGCCUCUUGUUGGGCGGACAAGCCUCGUCUCGUCAUACUGACACGUUCCUUCACUCUACCCACCCUCUCUGUAGCCUCUCCCUCGCCGCGCAAUGAGAGGUUGCACGUCGACGGACACCACCAAUUGCUGCUCCUGUUGACUCCACUGAGCACCAGCCACACCUAAAACCGUCGAUCACCCCACAGGCGUCUAACGCGACCGUGAUGGCUGAAGGGUCGAUAAAGUCGAGGAUUGCCGCGCUCAACCUCGAGGAGGUCCACACUCCUACGCCAGGCGCGAAGCCGACCUACUCCUACGAUGCUUCGACUGCAAAGAAGAAGCCACCUCCACCGCCGCCAAGCGCGCGCCCUCCUGCCUACUCGCGCCAGACAGUCAACAACCCGCCAGUCCUGAGCAAUGCGCCUACCUCCGCGCGACAACUCGGCAACCAGCCCAUAGUAGUGAACGAAUCCGAGAAACUAAAGGUUUCGCCCGCGCUGCCUCCUCGUCCGCCUCCGCGCAAUGCCAGCACGCCUCGGCAAACGCCAACACUGCCUCCGCGCAAGGCGUCCGAAUCAAGCGUGCGAAGGCGCGAGUCCUCCGAGUCAAUUUCCACAAUCGCAUCGGGUAUAUCGACGCUGUCAUUGGGCUCUGUGAAGACGAAUGGCUCGGGGUACAGCAAUGGAAGUACGGGCACAGUGUAUCAGGUCAGGGCUCCGGCCUACGACCCGUCAAAGCUGCCACCACUGCCACCCAAGAAAGCACCCGAGGACCCUAAACAGAGCAAGGCGACCCUGAACGCUAUGAAGAGCAAAAGGGAUUAUGUGCCUGCCCAGGCACUGCCUCCCCAACUCAAAACUCCCAACCUUCCGGCAAGACCCUCUCUACCUCCUAGACAGUCCAUCGUUCGCGAGCGAUCACCUCAGCCUGUGCCAGCGCUGCCACAAAGACAAUCCUCAAACGACACUUCCCGAACGAACAGAGUGAUCGCACCACCGCCACCACGUCGAUCAGCGUUGGAUAUGGGCUUCAAUAAUAAGGCGGCUACUCCUCCCCCUGUGCCAUCAACUCGGCCACCAGCAGUUACAUCUGAUUCAGCCCCGGCUCUUGGUGCGCCACCACCUGUUCCAAUGUCGUCCAGACCAAAUCUCAGUGCCAUCAUGGCAUCCAAGCCGAAACCAGGUGCUGCUCCAUCAAGUUGUCUGAAGUGUCGGGAUUUCUCAGGUCCAGACAAUCACGCUGCGCAGUUCCCUCGUACCCAACUUCCCAACUCCGACGUGGGCUGGCUUGCUCAUCAGCUGUGCUCACAGUUCCCCUCGCCUACAGACAAAGCUCGGGCGAUUUUCACAUGGCUUCAUCAUAACGUUGACUACGAUGCUCACUCGUUCUUCAAUGGUACGGUCAUGCCUACCACCCCCGAAAAGACGAUUGCAUCGGGUCUGGCAGUAUGCGAAGGAUAUGCCGGUCUAUUCGCUGCUCUGGCUCUGAAAGCUGGGUUGGAGGCUAUGGUCUGUUCCGGUGCGUGCAAGGGCUACGGUCACGCGCCUCUGGAGCCUGGCCAACCUCUACCACCUUAUGAAUCGACACAUGCCUGGAACGCUGUCAAGAUCGACAACGGUGAAUGGAAGCUUAUUGAUCCCUGUUGGGGAGCUGGACACCUGGGGUGUCGUAAUAAGGGCGAAGGAUACAUACGAGCCUUUGCUCCCGAGCAUUUCAUCAUGGACAACAACGACUUCGGAUUGAAGCACUACCCCGGAGAAGCCUCUCACCAGUUCCGCACCGACGGACGCAUCAUGUCCUACGAAGAAUAUAUGCGACAUGACGAGGGUGGGCGUCUAUUUCUCUGCGGCAACGGCAUGAAGCUCCACGGCUUCGGCGAGCGAACCUUCGAACCAUCUCAAGCCAAAAUCAAAGUAAACGACCCUUACGCACCAGCAGUAGUCCGGUUCCAAAUGUCAUUCGUCUGUCCGCACUGGGAUCCCCAGAUCAACGGAAAGGGACCGCCCUAUAUUAUGCUCCUAAGCGUUGCCGGCAGGGACGGUCGGAAGCCAGACUACAAGCCGUUCAACACGGACGGGCGCAUCUGGUGGCUCGACGUCCCGCGCAUUGACCUCGGUGCGCCGGGCCAGAAGAUUUCGAUUGCGGCGGUGACGGAAUUUAAUAACAAGGACGCACGUGGGUUGAGCCUGACUACCUGGAACAACAAAAAGGCGUACUCGUGCAUGUUCGGCAGUGUGGCACAGUGGGAACUUAUGAACCAGAAAUUUACAUCGCUCGUGAACAUUCUUAAUUCUGCAUCUCAUGCCAUUGUUGGCUGCACAGCCUAUUUGCAUCUGGUCGUUUUCUUUUCUAUACAGGGUGUGCCUGGCACGACGUGUAACCGGGUUGGGGUUACAACGGACUUGGGAUCACCGCUCCACCUCCAACACGUCCGAUCUACCGCAAACAUGGCCACCGCUUUCGUCGGAUUAUCGGUCGCGGUGACGCUGCGGUCUCCCCCAGGUGCUGUCGUCGUGGGCGUGGUCAGCGGCGUGGACCAGCAGACAGCUACACUCGUUCUCCAAGAUGUCUUCUUCCCCAACUCGGGUCACCGUGUCGCUUCCUACACGGUAAACGGAGACAUGAUUGCAGAUAUCAAGGUCAAUCCGUCAGCGCCCGCUCCUUCCCAACCUCUCCCGCCGCGAUCAGGCCCGCAGACAUACUCGCACUCGCAAUAUCCUCCGGGCCAUGUCCAGCGCCAGUCACAGCAUAUGGGCCAGCAAGUUCCGCAUCUUGUUAGUCAGCCGUCCGCGAUCCCGCCUGCAGGCGCACCUGCCUACCAGAAUGCUCGUCAAGCGUCUCGCCAACCUGCUCCUCAGCCAGCUCAAGCAGCUCAAGCAGCGCCGUUCGUCGACCCCGCGAUUCUCAGCAUGGGGAAGCGCACUUCUACCGCUCCUAUCUUGGGUGGUCCCGUUUCCGCAACCCCCCAGGAAGCUCCGGCGACGCCAAUAAAGCCUAUGGCUGCUGCGAGCGCAGCGGCUCUCCCGAAGAACACGUCCUCGUUCGCAGGCCAUGCGAAACAUCACAAUGUCCGAAAGCCAAGCGCGGCCACUUUGGAAGGUCCCUUCUCGUCUCUGGACAUUGCGGAUGCUGAGGAGGCAGACAGUGAGGCGCGGACAGCACAGGUGACUGCACGAAGGGCAAGCAUCACCAAGACUAGGACCGGCAAGCCCAUGGAUGACCCCAGCCCGCAGAAGAACGACGACAACGGCAAGAAGACUCGGAGAGGAGGCAAGUCUCGUAAGAAGGAACUUGCCGCUCAAGAGAGGAAGAAUGGUGAUGUUGAGGCUGUUAAGAAAGGUAAAGGCAAUGGUUGGAGAAACACUCCCAUGCUACAAGCCGCCGAACAGCCACAAACGAGAACUCCCGGAGUCAUCGGCGGUAGAGUCGGUCUCGCAGCGGCGAACGCGUCGAAUCGCAAAACGAAACGGCAGCAGGCGCUCGAAGCUACAAACGGAUGGGCUACGGAAGACGCGACCGAUAUUCAGGACAUGCCUGAGUUUGACUUCCAGAGUAACCUCUCGAAAUUCGACAAGCGUACGGUGUUCAAUCAGAUUAGGAAUGAGGACACCACUGCAGAUGAGGAUCGCUUGGUCAGCUUUAAUCGGUUGGCAAGACCUGGUACACACGGCGGGAAGAACCUCCAUCCUACAGAAAACGUGCUGGAUCGGAAGCUGAAAAGCGCGACCAACACAAGCUCUGAGGAGGAGGAGGACUUCGGCAGCGGACGUAAUUCUAGAAGGGCAAUGUCCAGGGCUUCAGUCAAGCUGGCACCAACAAGGCAAGGCAGCGUACAGGCCGAUAUGGAUAUGAUGGGCUCAGGCGUGUUGCCACGUACUAACCGUUCGUUCAUCAACCGCCCCUACACGUCCUCACAUGCUACCGGCAGUCCCAGGCCAGGACGCGUUGCUUCACCACCAGAGUCACCUCUCGAGUCUAGCGCUAAGGGCUGCUUACGAUUGGUGUCAAAUAACCGUAAGUGUUUCGCCAUUACUCCUGGCGCUAUGCUGGCAGUUGAAGAAACUGCUGAGGUAGAUUUCGGCCUCAAUGAAGACAUCAUGGCAGAGAACUCAGGACGGGGUAUUGCAGAAGUCGCUCUGAUCGCUAUAAAUCCCGGCGGCAUGCGUCUCUCACGCGCCAACCUAAACGCCAACCCCGUCAUUGUAGUCCUCGCAGGCAACCAUCGCGGAGGCGCACGCGCAGUAGCAGCAGCACGACACCUCGCCCAACGCGGACCGAAAGUCAUGGUCGCUCUCCUCGGCUUCGAACGCAACGCAGACUGGGAUAAGGACAUCCGCCGCCAAGUCGAGCUCUUCCGCAAAUUCGGCGGCACCGUCCGCUCCUGGAGCGCCACAGAAGAAGCCCUAAAGCGUCUUCAGGCACCACCAGAACUCAUCAUCGACGCCCUGCUCGGCCGCCACAAAGAAUUCGAAGCCCUCGGCCUCGAAGACCAACGCGUUGUCCUCAACAUCGUCGGCUGGGCCAAUAAAUCGCGCGCCGCCUGUCUCGCUGUCGAAACACCCUCCGGCGUUGGCGGUUCCACAGGCGAAGUCUCCAUCCUAGAAGGCGAACCGCUGGAAGUCCGCGCAAAGUACAUCGUUUGUCUUGGUGCGCCUCGCACGGGGCUUGUUAAAGCGCUGCAGAAUGGCUCGGGACGCGAUCCACAGUGGCUUAUUUGGAUCGUGGAUAUCGGUGUCAAUCGGCCUUGGCGUAAUGCUGGUAUCAGUGGCGGGAAAGGGAUUAAGUUCGGCGAGCAAUGGGUUGUUCAGGCGGUAUUCGAGGAGCCUGGUAUACCGGGGGCUUAGGAUACCCAGGUGUUACCGGCUGAAUCAAAAGAAGAAGCAGAGCGGAAACGGAAGAGGUACUUUGCGAAGCGACUUGAAGAGUUCAUGGGAAAACAGUGGAGGAGUGGUUUUGACUGAGUGUCGCGGAGAUAGCGUGGGGUUGUUUUUGCAUUGCGUGGGCGUUUGAGUUAUUGGUACACGGUAGAGCUUUGGAUGCUCUUUUCCUUUCUUUGGGGUUAGAGAUUGGAUGAAUUAACGGCAUUAUGGGUUGGGUUGGGAUGUGAUGGGGAUACCAAAAGCUAGAUAUCGUUGAGUAGAGGAUGGGCCGAUAGGCAGUGGCGUGCGUGGCUAGUAUGCCACGGUAAUAUAUUAUACUGAAGA